AUGAACACUCCCGCCGAUACUGAACAGCCAUCCAUGGCGCCCUCGAGCCAACCCUCUGGCGCAGAGCCUAUUGCCAUUGUAGGCUUUGGCUUCAAGUUUCCCCAGGAUAUCACCGACGCUCAGAGCUUAUGGAAGCUACUCAUGGAACGCCGAUCAACUAUGACCGAGAUUCCCAAGAAUCGCUGGAAUAUCGAUGGUUUCUACAAGGAGCAUGGCCACCGACCUGGCACUGUAAAGAAUAGAGGCGGCCACUUCCUCGCAGACGACCCCGCUCGUUUUGAUGCUCCUUUCUUCUCCAUUCAACCCGCGGAAGCGGAGUGCAUGGACCCCCAGCAGCGUCUGUUGCUUGAGACAAGUUAUCAUGCUCUCGAGAACGCCGGUAUCCCUAUGCAGGCAGCCAUAGGCACUAGAACAUCUGUUCACGUUGGUUGUCUACUUCAAGAGUACAGCCAAAUCUCUCAGCGAGACGCCCAGAUGCCAGGAGACUACCGCAUCGUAGGAUCCAGCGGCUUGGCCAUGCUUGCCAACCGUUUGAGCUGGUUCUACGAUUUCAGCGGACCAAGUAUGACCGUCGACACAGCUUGCUCAGGUGGCCUCGUUGCGCUCCACUUGGCGUGUCAAGAAUUGUUGGCUGGUAGCGUCGAUAUGUCACUCGUCGGCGGUAACAACUUAUGCUUACUUCCAGACUCAACCGCUCUCUUGAGCAGUUUGAACAUGAUGUCAAAAGAUAGUGUUUGCUACUCGUUCGAUGAGCGCGCAUCAGGUUACGCCCGCGGUGAAGGCUUCGGCGUACUCAUUCUCAAGCGUCUGGACAAGGCCAUUGCAGAUGGAGACACCAUCCGCGGCGUCAUACGAUCAACCGGAUGUGGCCAGGAUGGUAAUACCCCAAGCAUCACGUCGCCCAGCCAGUCCGCUCAAGAGCGCCUCAUUCGAGAGACGUAUGCGCGCGCAGGUCUUGAUCUCGGUGACACUCGCUAUUUCGAGGCGCAUGGCACCGGUACACCUGUGGGAGACCCUUGUGAAGCUGCGGCUAUCAACAACGUCUUCUCCUCUCGAACGCCUGAAGAUCCCAUCUUCGUCGGUGCGCUCAAAGGCAACAUGGGACAUCCCGAGGGCGCCAGUGGUAUCGCGGGCGUCAUCAAGUCGCUUCUUGUACUUGAGAAGGGCAUCAUUCCACCAAACGUUUAUCCCGAGCGUAUCAACCCUGCUGUCGCAGCGGCUGGCCCUAACCUCAAGUUCCCACGCGUACCGGUAGCCUGGCCUACAAGCGGCGUCCGACGCGCAAGCGUAAACUCUUUCGGCUACGGAGGCACCAACGCUCACGUCGUUAUCGACGAUGCGCUGAGCUUUCUUAGCAGCCGUGGACUGAAUGGCCGACACUGCACUGAAUCCAUCCAGGACAGCCAAUCUGCGUGUCAAUCGGAUAUCUCCGGCACCAUGGAGAAAGAGCGAGAUGACGACGAUCAUAGCACGGGUACCAAUGUAUCAUCGGAACCUCUCGCUGACCUCACCCCAUUCACUACUACGGACGAUCCCAGCAUGCUCCUUGGUGAGAUUGGCAGGAAUGUCCCGAAACUGUUGAUACUAUCUGCGUUCGAUGAGCGUGCGGCUCAGCGAUCGGUCUCCGCCCUGGGAACAUGGAUGAGCAAUCACGCCGAUCACGAGGAUCGUACUCAACUUCUCAGUGAUCUUGCAUACACGUUGGCUGAGAAGAGGACACCAUUCCCAUGGAAGACAGCCUGCGUCGCCUCACCAGAUCUGCGGUCGCAACUCACCUUUCCUGCUCCUACACGAGUCAAACAACACGUAAACGUGUGUUUCGUCUUCACUGGUCAAGGUGCGCAGUGGCAUGGAAUGGGUCGCGAGCUCUUAGCGUACGAGAUCUUUCGAAGUGCUAUGCUUGAAGCCGAUCGAUACUUUAAGUCACUCGGUAGUUCUUGGUCACUCAUCGAAGAACUAUACCACAAGUCGAAAGAAGAAUCCACCAUCCAUCAGCCUGAGCUCAGCCAGCCAAUCUGCACCGCGCUACAAGUUGCUAUUCUCGACCUGCUGGCCUCAUGGAACGUUCGCGCUUCCAUCUCGGUAGGUCACUCUUCGGGUGAGAUCGCUGCCGCCUAUGCUAGCGGCGCAGUUUCACGAGAGUCUGCCUGGAUGGUAGCUUAUUUCCGAGGGCUGGCCGUUGCAAUUACCCAAACUCUCAAACCAUCUCAUGGCGCCAUGAUCGCAGUUCAGGCUCCUCUCGAUGCUUGGAAACAUGUGAUGGACAAGACGAAUGUCGACAAUCCCGAUGAUCCAAUCGAUGUUGCCUGCUACAACAGCGCGAGCAGCUUCACGCUUUCGGGUUCAUAUGCUAUCGUUCAUCAGCUGGCCGCAGCUCUCAAAGAAGCGCAGAUCGAAGUACAUGUUCUAAAGGUCAACGUUGCGUAUCACUCGCCACAUCACAUGAAUUCAGUCGCCGAUAUCUAUGGAAAGCUACUCCGAAACAUAGAGGCUGGAGAGCCGCUAGAGAGCCAGUCGUCAUUUGUCUCAAGUGUCACUGGGCAAGAUCUCCAAUGUCUAGAUGAGCUGCGGUCCUCCAGCUAUUGGCAGCGGAAUCUCACUGGGUCAGUACAAUUCUCCGCUGCGCUACAGGGUGUAUGCGCACGGCAAGAUGCUUCAAGCUAUCUCUUCCUCGAGAUUGGUCCGCAUUCCGUUCUGCGCUCGCCUCUAGGCGAUAUCCUCAAACAAUACGGAAGGGAUAUUGCGACUGAUUACAGCUCUGUCUUGCGUCGGGAUCGGGCCGCCGACAUUACCGCUAUGGAAUGUGCAGGAAAGCUACACACCAUGGGUAGCACUGUCGACAUAGCUGCAGUGAAUAUGGACAGCGGUCACAGCCCCAACUUCCUGCCGUCGCUUCCACGUUAUCAAUUCGAAGAUAAGAAGAAGUACUGGCUUGAAGGCAGGACGAGCAUUCAAUAUCGUCAGACACAGUUUGUUCAUCACGAGCUUCUUGGCUCGCGCACCCCUGACUGGAACGAACUUGAAGCACGCUGGACGAACCGCAUUCUCUUAGAUCAGUCACCAUAUCUCAAAGAUCAUCAAAUCAAUGGUCUUUGCCUCAUGCCUGCGGCGGGCAUGCUUGCUAUGGUCAUUGAAGCUAUGCGCCAGUACUAUGGUCAGCGAGCUGAGAGCGCAUCGGGUUACAAGCUCGAAGAAGUCAAAUUUACGAAGGCUAUGACACUUUCGGCUGAUCCCCGCGGUACAGAGAUACAGCUAACACUCCGACCAGGAAUGCUGGAAUCACGUGAUGUGCAGCCUGGUUGCAUGUGGCACCAAUUCUCCCUUUUCGUUUACGAGGACGGCGGAUGGCACCUGUGCUGUGCCGGUUCUGUUUCGAUUGAGUACGACGAACGCCACGAGAACCUAGGAGGUUACAGUGAACAUGCAAAGGCGCUGGAUCAGAAGAAGCUCGCCUUCCAUUCGGCUUUGGACGAAUGCCGCGUCGAUAUCAACAGCGCUGACAUCUACGGUGCAUUCGAUGAGGCCGGCCUCACCUAUGGCCCAACUUUCCGGGGCAUGCGCAAUGUCAAGUGGGAUCGAAACAAUCAGGCGGCAGGCACAAUUGGACUUCGAGACUGGCAGACGCACGCAAAGUUUGACUACAGUGAUGCGCACCUCAUUCAUCCCGCUGCGCUGGAUACCAUACUUCAGAUGACAUUUCCAGCGUAUUCCAUUUACGCCAAGGACUCUUCAGCCACCACUGUACCGACUGGAUUCAGCAACGCUUGGUUCUCUGCAAACUUGCUGCGCGAAUCUUCCGAUGCGCAAGAUGUUAGGGUACAUGCGAAGGUCUCUGGACGUGGAUUCCGCAACAAGCUCUUCUCCGUCACUGCAGCAUUUGCUGAUACGCAAGAACUUUGCUUCUACGGCGAUCUAGAGACUACCACCAUUGGUCGCAGCGAUCCAUCCACAGAGAAGAAGGACGUGCCGCGCAGCCUAUACCGCAUCGAUUGGAAGCCAGCUAGCUUCGAUCACCCAACAACUUCGUCUACUUCAUCAGCCUCUUCUAAGAUUUGUAUUCACAUCAUCUACGAUGAAGCGGAUUCAUCACAGGUGGACUUGAUGCAGAAUCUUCGCCGAACAAUGUCAGCGCAAGACGAGCUUGGUGUUGCCUUGGUAGCAUGGAGCUCUGUAUCAGAACAUGACCUUGAGAAGGCUACCUGCGUGUUUCUUCCUGGUUUGGACGGCAAUUUACUUCGACACAUGCAAGAGGACGAACUCGAGAAGAUCAAGACCUUGGUAUCGAAAGUCAAUGCCCUGCUGUGGGUCACGUUCCAGCAUCGAGCUCUUGACCAGAGCCCCACCGAAGGCCUGGUUUCAGGACUUGUGCGCACGCUAGCGACGGAAUCUGAAGACUAUCGGCUCGUAAGCAUCAGCCUCAAUUCGGAUAACGGACUUGACGUAGCCGCUGCCAAUAUUACGACGAUUACCAAGACACUGUUAGAUCCACAACCCGACCCGGAGGACGAGUACUGCGAAAUUGACGGCCAGCUCUGCAUUCCACGUGUAGUCGACGAUCCGGAACUCACUGCUCAAGCACUGCCUACCGAAGAUACUUUAGUUACUGUCACCAAACCUUGGAGCGAGCUUGACAGCCCAAAGUUGACCAUCGGCGCGGCAGGCAUCCUAAGUACACUGCAUUACGAGCAGGCUUCCGACAACAUUGGAGAGCUUGAGCCGGAUGAUGUUGUCGUUGAAAUCAAGGCUGUUGGACUCAAUAUGCGGGACGUCUCGGUAGCACUCGGUCAGGUCCAUGAUGAGACCUUCGGAAGCGAGAUCGCUGGAGUCGUGGUACGCACUGGUUCAUCACACGAUGGGGGCUUCCAGAUUGGUGAUCGCGUUUUCGGUGUCACACGAGAUGGCAUUGCGCAAAUUGCACGCUGCAAGUUCUCACAACUGCACAAGAUGCCGGACGGUAUGAGCUUCUGCGAUGCUGCUGUUUAUCCAGUGGCAUUCUGUACGGCCUACUACGGCUUGAAGCAGUGUGUCGGUAUACAGGGUGGCGAGUCCAUCUUGGUCCACGAGGCUGCUAGCACGCUCGGCCGAGCGAUCAUCCAAAUCGCCGUUCUCCACGGAUAUACGAAAGUCUUUGCGACUGUAGGCACACCUGAAGAAGCGGCUUUCCUGGAGAAGGACUUCAACGUUCCGACGUCGAACGUGUUCCUCACUGGCAAUCUCGACUUCCAGUAUGGUAUCCUCCGUUUGACAGGAGGACGAGGUGUUGAUGUUGUGAUGGGCUCUGAAGAACUCUUGCAAGAUUCUUGGCCAUGCAUCGCUUCGUUCGGACGCUUUGUUGGCGUUGGAGAAAAGGACGUCUUCAACUCGACCGCGAAUGGCUCAAACGAGAUUGUGGUACCUCCUACAACGAAGAACAUUACUUUCGUCAGCGUCAACUUCCAGGACCUAGCACAGAGCCAUUUGUUUGCUGGCAUCUUCACAGAUGUGCUAUCACUGAUGGAAGGUGGUAAGAUCACCGUGUCUCUACCUCCGACCGUGUUCAGGCAGCGUAGUAUUCAGCAGGCUUUCCAGUCGCUCAAAGAUGGAGAGACGCUUGGAAAAGUAGUCAUCGAGAUGGCUGGCGACGAGAUUGUGGAAAUGGAACUUUCGCCAGAUUCUGACAAGCCAUUGUUCUCUUCGGACGCCAGCUAUCUUGUCGCUGGCGCAUUUGGCGGCAUCGGCCAGAGCAUUGCUACGUGGAUGGUACACAAUGGAGCCAAGCAUCUAAUCUUGCCGUCACGAUCAGCAGUCGAGGGUACUGGAUCUGAGCGCGAUUACUUCAUGCAAGGACUGAUGGCACAAGGCGCCGCAGUGUAUGCUCCAGUAUGCGACGUCGCCGACUAUGACCAGCUUAAGGAGACCCUUGCGUCCUUCCAAGCUCUUCCGCAAAUCAAAGGGUGUGUCCAAGCAGCAAUGGUAAUGCGCGACUCUUCCUUCGCAAAGAUGUCGAGCGAGAAGUGGCAUGAGUCACUCGCGCCCAAGGUAGACGGCUCCUGGAACCUACACCAGCUUCUACCUGCCGAUCUCGACUUCUUCGUCAUGUUGUCAUCUUCCACCGGUAUCAUGGGCUCGUUCGGUCAAUCAAAUUACACCGUUGGCAACACAUACCAGGACGAACUAGCGGCCCAUCGUAUGCGUCACGGCCAACGUGCUCACACCCUCGCUCUGAGCAUGGUCACCGGUGUUGGCUACGUCGCUCAGAACGAGCAGGUACAAGCUUUGCUCCGCGUGCGGGGUAUGCUGGAGGAGGUGCCGAUGAGUGACAUCUACAAGCUGCUACGCUUCUGCUGUGACCCCGAACGCGUCGAUGCAAGCACCGUCGGGUCCCAGAUCAUCACACCCUUGACCCUGCCGGCUGAUCUCCGUGCCAUGGGUAUCGUGGCACCUCUCGGUAGUACGCGGCCGCUAUAUCACUAUCUCGACACGCUCCCUUCGCGCUUCUCUUCCGACACCGCGACCGCCGAAGCCAAGAAUCGCCCUUCGUACAAGCUCUCAGAGGCCACGAACCUCGCUCAAGCCACCGAUAUCGUUGUCGACGCGAUCCAGAACCAGCUUUCCAGUCUCUUGGUUGUCAGCAAGGACGACAUCGAUCCUCAGAAGGCGAUCUAUCGGUACGGCGUGGACUCGUUGGUCGCGGUGGAGAUGCGGAACUGGUUUUCGAAGGCCACCGGAGCGGACGUUGGUACUGUGGAUAUCAUGAGUGAUAUCAGUAUCUGGCUGUUGGCUGUCAAGGUAGCGGGAAAGAGUAAGUUCGUCAAGGAGGAAGUGAAGGAGUAG